AUUCAAUUCUGUGUUUACUGCGGCUAAGCUAAAAAUUUAUAAAUUUUAAUUAACGCAGUUAAAAAUGUCUGCACAGUCAUCAUUUCAGGAUGGGGACGAAAAUAAAGUUCCACGCAUCAUGACCUUUCGUCCCAGCUAUGACGAGUUCAAAAAUUUUUCGGCGUACAUCGAAUAUAUGGAGAGUCGCGGUGCCCACAAAGCGGGUUUGGUUAAAAUUCAGCCGCCUCCAGAAUGGGUCCCCAGGCAGUCCGGGUACGACAUAGAGAACAUCAACAUGACGAUUCCUCCACCUAUUUCUCAGUUGGUUCAGGGGGCACAGGGAGUGUACCAGCAAUUCAACGUGCAGCAGCGCAAGCAGAUGACACUGCGCCAGUUCAUGGAGAAGGCUAACUCAGAGCUACACAGCACACCGCGGCACACUGACUACGAAGAUCUAGAGCGGAAAUAUUGGAAGAAUAUUACAUAUGUAUCCCCGCUGUAUGCAGCGGAUGUCCAGGGAACGCUUAGCGACGAUGAUCUAGAUGUGUGGAACAUUGGGAGGCUAGACACCGUACUGAACCUGGUUAACACCGACUAUAAUAUAACCAUAGACGGGGUGAAUACAGCGUACCUCUACUUUGGCAUGUGGAAGAGCUCCUUUGCAUGGCACACAGAAGACAUGGAUCUGUACUCGAUAAAUUAUCUUCAUUUCGGUGCUCCCAAAACAUGGUACGCUAUUCCACCGGCUUACGGAAGGCGCCUGGAGAAGCUGGCUAAUGAGCUAUUUCCGGAAACACAUCAGGAAUGCAAUGCAUACCUCCGCCACAAGAUGACCAUGAUAAGUCCCAAAGUGUUGCGGCAGCAUAAUAUACCAUACAACAAGGUUACCCAGGAGGCGGGUGAAAUUAUGAUUACCUUUCCGUUCGGCUAUCAUUCUGGCUUCAACCACGGCUUCAAUGGUGCAGAGUCGACCAACUUUGCGUCCAAGCGCUGGAUAGAGUAUGGAAAGCGGGCAAGCAUAUGCAGGUGCCGCAGCGAUAUGGUUAAAAUAUCAAUGGAGACUUUUGUGCGCCACUUUCAGCCGGACCGCUAUGACAACUGGUUGAAAGGAAAAGAUUUUGGCUAUCAUCCGGAGGAGCCAGGCAAGUUAUGUCCUGCUAAUCCACCAACAAUCAAUGUGUACGACAAGAAAGAAAGUCUGGCAUUGGCCAAGGCCAAAGCAUCCUCGCCACAGAAGCGAGGCUGCUCGAUGCCCACAAACUCGGAAGCAAAUGGUGCAGAUGAUGGCGACGAGAAGGCUAGCGUAAGCAGUACCAGCGGCAUACGUCUCAAGCAGGCGGUCGUCAAGCUUCGUAAGCUGCCACGCGAACUUGUACCUGACCCUCCCGCCGCGCCCGAGAGGUAUGACUUUAACUCGAUUGUCGAGAAGAGCGUUAAGCGCUUAUGGAAUGAUCUGCCUAAUCCAAAUCCAGGAAUCAAUUUGCUCAGCAACGGUGUGGUGAAGAACACAAAAAGGAUGCGCUUUCACACAAAAGUCCUCACACUUGAGGACGAGGACUGAACACUGUCAGUUGCUCCCGCUCGAUCUCCUUGUUAAUAAUUUUGUGUAUGAUUAAAAAAAACGUAUUUUAUAAAUAUGUAUUAUUAAAUGUGUGUUUAGUCAAUUGUCGCCAUCUUUAAUGUAAAGUGUAUAUAAUAUUUAUAUAAAUAGAUUAUAGUUUAGUCUUCGAUCCAAAUGGGCUGAGAAAAACGAAUUUGUAUGUAUUUUUUAACCUUUAACGUAACGUCAAACGUGUGUUUAAAUUAUUGCCAUGUCACUCACAUAUUGUUUGUAUCCCACCAAAAGAGAUAAAUCAUAUACAAACGUAACGCUCAAAAAAGGAUUCAAAGAAUUGAAUUGCAAAUGUAUAUAAAUAAUAAAACAUGCCUAAGGCAAAGAAGCCGCUUAUGGAUACCCUUUAAAACAUCAA